UGGGUUUUUGUCACUGCUCCGUGUUAUGACUACUUCUUAUCAUCUGGCUGAACUUUUUUCCCCCUCUUCUGUUCAGUUGAGUUUUUCCUCCUUCCUUGAAGAGUAUACAUCUGUUUCCCAGUUACUGGAUGCCAUGGCCUGGAAUGGAUGUAGGAGUUUUUCAUAUCUGAUGGAUCAAGAAGAGGAUGCUUGUUCACCAUGCUGACCUCCCGCAGAUGAGGAGUGAGUGACACCUCUUCCAAAGUGGGACUUCACAGGAGCGAGUGAGCCAUGCCCUGCCAGCGUCCGCGGGCAGCCAGUGACACCCCCCGAGAAGACCUCUUCUACCAAACCUAUUACUGCUUAAGCCAACAAUACCCUCUGAUUCUCCUCCUCCUGGUCAUCGUAUUGAGCAUCUGUGUGGCUCUCAUUGCUACAACUUUUGGCAGUAGUAGGGAUAUCUCUUCCAACUUGGGCUUCCUGAUUGCAAUAUUCAUUGCUCUGCUUGUCUUCAGCCUCAUCUUGGUCUUUGUGUGCACGGAAAGCAUCUUCCAGCGAUGCACCCGCCUCUUCUCAGCUGUGAUUUGGACCUGCCUGAUCACAAUGGGUUACAUAUUUGUCUUUCUUGGUGGAGUGGUUUGUGCUUGGGACCAGGUCUCCUUCUUCCUCUUCAUAAUCUUCAUUGUCUACACCAUGUUGCCUGUUGGCAUGAAAGAUGCAGUGGCUGCGGGUGUAGUCACCUCUCUCUCGCACAUCAUAGUUCUGAGUGUCUACCUCUCAAUGGGCCACAGUUCACAUUUACAACUGGCCGUGCAGCAACUGGCUAAUCUAAUCAUCUUUGUCUGUGGUAACUUGGUGGGUGCCUAUCACAAGCAUCUGAUGGAGGUGGCCCUGGGGGAGACCUUCCAUGAGACCUUCAACCUCAUCCAAUCUCGAGUUAAGCUAGAGUCAGAGAAGCGACACCAGGAGCAUUUGCUCCUCUCCAUCCUUCCUGCUUACAUUGCCUUGGAGAUGAAGGCUGAGAUCAUCGAGCGGCUACGGGAUGGAGGCCAGCCACAGCGCCAGCAUGAAAGUACCAACAACUUCCACAAUCUUUAUGUCAAGAGGCACCAGAAUGUCAGCAUCCUCUAUGCAGAUAUUGUUGGCUUCACACUUUUGGCCAGUGAAUGCUCUCCCAAAGAGCUGGUCCUGAUGCUCAAUGAACUCUUUGGCAAGUUUGAUCAGAUUGCCAAGGAUAAUGAAUGCAUGCGGAUCAAGAUCUUGGGUGAUUGCUACUAUUGCGUGUCUGGAUUGCCUGUAUCUUUGCCAAACCAUGCCCAGAACUGUGUCAAGAUGGGCCUUGACAUGUGUCGGGCCAUAAAGAAACUGCGUGAUGCCACCGGAGUGGACAUCAAUAUGAGAGUUGGAGUCCAUUCGGGAAAUGUCCUCUGUGGGGUGAUUGGUCUCCAAAAGUGGCAAUAUGAUGUCUGGUCUGAUGAUGUGACAUUAGCCAAUCACAUGGAAGCAGGAGGCGUGCCAGGGAGAGUUCAUAUCACAGAAGCCACCUUGUCACACCUGGGUGGAAUGUACACGGUGGAGGAAGUUUGCUGUGUGCAGCGAGACUCUUACUUGAGGGAGAACCGCAUCCAGACCUUCUUAGUUGUUGAUCCCAGAGCUGAAGAAGAAAGCUCAAGUGACAUUCUCUCACCUGUGCCAGGAGAGAGCUUCAUGAUGAGGGCAUCUGUCCGGAUGACUCGCUACCUGGAAUCUUGGGGAGCUGCCAAACCCUUUGCCAACCUCAAGCAUCUGGAUGAUCUCCCAGCAGACCCACCAGGAUUUGUUCGGAACAACCACUCGGAUAUCUCUUUGGGGUCUUUGACUAUGGAACGGUGCCGUGCCCCCAGGAGUCCAGAUGAAGACUUGGAAGGUGUGGAUGAGAAGUUCUUCCAAUUGAUUGAGCAGCUUAACUCCCAGAAGCAAUGGAAAAAAUCCGAAGACUUCAAUUGCAUCACAUUGUACUUCAAGGAGGAAUCUCUGGAGAAGGAAUACCGGCUUUCACCGCUCCCAUCUUUUAACUACUAUACAGCCUGCAGCUUCCUGGUCUUUGUUUCCAACUUUCUCAUCCAGAUCCUUGUUGUUUAUAAAACAGAAGCACUGGGGAUAUCCUAUGGAAUUUCUUUCUUCCUCUUUCUCCUCCUCCUUCUCACCUGCUUUGCUGCUCACCUGGCGAAGUGUUUCCUGAAAGGUCCCAAGGUCUUGUACUGGGUUCCAUCCAUCUUGGCCAAUCUUUGCACUCAGCCAUGGCUACGUGUCUCCUUGGGCAUCAUCACCAUUCUUGUGGUUCUCACCAUGUCAGUGUUGAACUUGUUCUUUAUGCCAGAGACCUCAUACUUUUUGAAACUUGAAAAUUCUACCUUAUCAGGCAUGAAUACUGUACAGGAAUUCUCUCAGUUUAACUCCCUCUUCAGUGUGCCGUAUUAUAUCUACUGCUGUGUCCUGGGAUUCCUCUCAUGUUCCCUUUUCCUCCACAUGAACUUCGAGCUCAAGUUGACCAUGCUGAUACUCUGCCUCGUUGUCUACAAUGUGCUGUUCCUUCACACCCAUUCAUGGCUCUCUGACUGCUAUGUCUCUCAGCUCUACCAUAACCAAACUGCGCUCAGGCCUGGGGUGCUGAAGGAGCCCAAGGUGAUGGGAGCAUUCUCGUUCUUCGUCUUCUUCUUCACCCUCUUGGGUCUGGCUAGGCAGAAUGAGUACUACUGCCGCUUAGAUUUUCUCUGGAAGAAGAAGUUCAAGAAAGAACGUGAAGAGAUUGAAACCAUGGAGAACCUCAAUCGGGUCCUGCUGGAAAAUGUUCUCCCAGCUGAUGUAGCUCAGCAGUUCAUUCGCCAAAACCGGCGCAAUACGGAUCUAUAUCACCAGUCAUAUGACUGUGUCUGUGUUCUCUUCGCUUCUAUUCCGGACUUCAAAGAAUUUUAUUCUGAAUCCAACGUCAACCAUGAAGGACUUGAGUGCCUUCGACUGCUCAACGAGAUCAUUGCUGACUUUGAUGAGCUCCUCCUGAAACCCAAGUUCAGUGGGGUUGAGAAGAUCAAAACCAUUGGUAGCACUUACAUGGCAGCUACUGGCUUAAAUGUGGCAGCUGGCCAGGACAACCAACAGGACACCGAGCAGAGCUACACCCACCUGGGAACCAUGGUGGAGUUUGCCAUGGCUUUGGUGGCCAAAUUGGACAUUAUCAACAAGCACUCUUUCAACACUUUCAAACUCCGUGUUGGUAUAAAUCAUGGACCAGUUGUUGCUGGGGUCAUUGGAGCCCAGAAACCCCAAUAUGAUAUUUGGGGAAACACUGUGAAUGUGGCCAGUCGAAUGGAGAGCACAGGAGUUCUGGGGAAGAUACAGGUAACAGAAGAAACAGCUAAAGCUUUGGAGACAUUAGGCUAUACUUGCUCCCUGCGUGGGGUUAUCAAGGUGAAGGGCAAAGGUGAACUGAGAACUUACUUUGUCUGUACGGAGACGGCCCGCUCUUGCUCCCAGGCACCGAUGUUGAGCUAAAUCUCUUGGAAUGAAACUAAGACUCUUGAGGGCUGGGAUUUUCACUGAAGAGUUACAGACUGCUGCUCCUGGCACUUGGGGGAGCAGGUGGCUUAUUUUGAUAAAGCCUUCUAGUUCUGUAGGAAGAGGCACAUGCAGUGGGAAUUGGGAGAAACAGAGCCUAAGGAGGCACCAUUUUGUUUUCUAUGAGAAAGCCUCUAGCUCCAUCACCACAGCAAACCCAUGUUAUCCUGUCAUUGCAAGGUUGGAAUCUGAGCAUUUGGUCUUGGUCUUGAGAAGAGGAGAUAGAGCUUUCUCCUGAUCUGCAGAAAGAAGGCUACAAUUCAUCAGUCAGCUUGGAGGUGAUGGAUCCUCCUUUGAGGAACUUCAGUGUUCAGAAUGUUUACUCAGCUGCAGUGCUUGAUGAUGACUCAUUUUCCACAUUCUUUCAAUCUGGGCUGUACUAAUAUUACCAAUCCCCAACCAUCAUGUCCAAAAGACCCUUAAGCCCAAACCACUCUCAAGCAAAAUUGAGGCUUGGCUUUAUAGAGCCUCUGAAGAUUGAGAGCAUGAGAUUGGUAAUGUUAUUGGUUGUGCAGAUAUCUCAACAGGCAGGUCAUAUCUAGAAUUAAGGAUAAUUUGAGAAUGAGGGCAGCAAAGAAGUCGUUGUACUGGUAUUACUGGAGCAUUCUCUAGUUGCAUAGGGCUAGUUGGGUAUUGACUCUCUCAGAUAUAUCAAUGGAAAUAGGUUAAGUUGGCAACAGAAAAUGCUACCGUUUCCUGCCAUUCUUUCUAGGCCAACUUCCUGCUGGGUGAUCAAUUUCCACUUCUUCUUUCUGUUGUGGUUUGAGUGGUUUGCAAUGCUGGCAUAUGCUCUGCCUGGCUAAGUUUAAAAGCUGGUUUCAUGUGGUUAAAGGAGCUGAACAGCUACAGAGUCCCCCCACACCUCCUCUCUAUCUCCCUUUUUCUUUCUGUCUCUCUGUUUCUUUUCUCAGUCACUGAACUCAUGCCUGUCAAUGGAGAUUUAGGAAAAAGGGAUGGCAAAUGGGUUCUAAAAAAAUGCAGCAUAAACUUUACAAGAAGGUGAGCCUAUGGCAUUGAGACUUAACCUCUGCAUUGUGAUUUUAAAGCAGGAAUGGAAAACCCAUGAGCCUCCAGAUGUUAAUCUACAACUUCCAGCAUCCUUUAGCCAAAGGGAAAAGGAAAACCUGGGAAAGGCAUUGCCAGACAGUUGAGAGGUGCAACAUUCAACACUUCCUACCUUUCUUCCCUAAAACAUUGCAUUUAAUAAGUUAGGCCCAUUCUGGGCAUUAGAAAACUCUCUCUGCCACAUUGCUAAGCUCAUACUUUGCUUUGGUGUUGCCCUGAAUGCAAUUGGAGUAACUAUUCCCUGAAAUCCUCUUAGCUGAGAUUUACAGUAAUAGUAGGGCAAUGAGUAAAUGCAAAGCCUUGGUCAAAAUCCUUUGUAAGUUUGCAGGGAUUGAUGGCAUGCAGUGUCUUCUGCUGAUGUAAAAGGAGGCCUUGCCAGAAGAAAUGUUCCUCUUUUCUGUCUGCGUGUGCGCACGUGUGUGUGUGGGUAAGAAGGCUCCCCUUAACAGCCAAAGCUGGCAUAUUUAAAUUCUUGCAAAAAUAAACAGUGUUAUCUAUUUUAUUUGUACAUCAUUAAGUCUCCCAAGGACUUCUUGGGUUGGUUUUGUGCUGCCUCUUUUCUGUUAACAAUUGCAUGGUUGCCAACAUUUCUCCUGAGAACUGCAAUUCCCUGCUGGUUGUUUCAUCAUUUAUUGGCAAGAGUAUAAAAGCGUUGCCUUUACCAGAAAAAAAGAGA